AUGUUAAACAACAAUUACUAAAGCAAAAUAUCCUUAUAACCAAAACCAUAUGAUUUUAGCAUCUUUGAUGAUUUUGUGUAAAAAGCAAGAAAAAUUUGUAGAACAUCAUAAAAAUCAGUUUCCAAAUAUAAGGAGAGCUCUCUUAGCAUCUCAAAACAACUUAAAACUGAAAUAAAUUUUGAUAGCGUAGGAACAACAAGAAAAUCUGUAUAAAAUCCAUAAUUUAAAAUGGAUAAUUAUUUGGAUUAGCAAAUACCUAUAUCUCCAUUUCGAUUUUAAUUACCUUUACAAUCAGAAAAAACUUAACAUUUUUUGUUUGAAAAAAAAAGAAUACCAGCUUGUCUAACUUCAAGGAAACUUAAAUCAAAUUUGGAUGGCUAAAUUCAUAAAUCUCUCUAACUUUCCCAAUUAAGAGCUACUUAAUAAUAAAAAUUAGAAACUCCAAAUUCUAAUUAAUAACAAUAGACAAAAUUUUUAAUAACAAAGUAUUUCCUAUCUAAACCUUUGGUUUGCAUAAAAUCCAAAUAAAAGAAAAAAGAAAAACCUCUAUAAGUAGAACUAUUGUGA